CUCACGAAAGACUCGUAACGUCUGGGUGAGCGUGGACAACACAGCACAUUGUUGCGCACAACUUUACUGCACCCAUAAACUACAAUGCGUGAGUGUAUAUCGAUCCACGUGGGUCAGGCCGGCGUCCAGAUCGGCAACGCCUGCUGGGAGCUGUACUGUCUGGAACAUGGCAUCCAGCCGGACGGUCAGAUGCCGUCAGACAAGACCAUUGGGGGCGGGGACGACUCCUUCAACACAUUCUUCAGCGAGACGGGGGCGGGCAAGCACGUCCCUCGGGCAGUGUUUGUCGACCUUGAACCCACCGUCGUUGAUGAAGUACGGUCUGGCAGUUACCGGCAACUCUUCCACCCGGAACAGCUGGUCACCGGAAAGGAGGAUGCCGCCAACAACUACGCCAGGGGCCACUACACCAUCGGCAAGGGCAUCGUGGACCUGGUGCUGGACCGGAUCAGAAAGUUGGCUGACCAGUGCACCGGCCUGCAGGGGUUUCUGAUAUUCCACUCGUUUGGGGGCGGGACGGGGUCAGGGUUCACCUCCCUGUUGAUGGAGAGGCUCAGUGUUGACUACGGCAAGAAGUCCAAGCUUGAGUUCUCCAUCUACCCGGCUCCUCAGGUAUCCACCGCCGUUGUUGAGCCGUACAACUCCAUCCUCACCACCCACACCACCCUGGAACACUCCGACUGCGCCUUCAUGGUCGACAACGAGGCCAUCUACGACAUCUGCCGGCGUAACCUUGACAUUGAGCGUCCGACCUACACCAACCUGAACCGACUGAUCGGCCAGAUCGUGUCCUCGAUCACCGCCUCCCUCAGGUUUGACGGCGCCCUCAACGUGGAUCUGACGGAGUUCCAGACCAACUUGGUGCCCUACCCGCGCAUACACUUCCCCCUGGCCACAUACGCCCCGGUCAUUUCAGCGGAGAAGGCCUACCACGAGCAACUGACCGUUGCUGAGAUCACCACCGCCUGCUUCGAGCCAGCCAAUCAAAUGGUCAAGUGUGAUCCACGUCACGGCAAGUACAUGGCCUGCUGCAUGUUGUAUCGUGGCGACGUAGUACCCAAAGAUGUCAACGCUGCCAUAGCAACCAUUAAAACAAAGCGGAGCAUCCAGUUUGUUGAUUGGUGCCCAACCGGCUUUAAGGUGGGUAUAAACUACCAGCCCCCCACUGCUGUGCCCGGGGGUGACCUGGCCAAGGUCCAGCGCGCGGUCUGCAUGUUGAGCAACACCACCGCCAUAGCUGAGGCCUGGGCUAGACUGGACCGCAAGUUUGAUCUCAUGUACGCUAAGAGAGCUUUCGUGCACUGGUAUGUGGGGGAAGGGAUGGAGGAGGGUGAGUUUUCUGAAGCUCGCGAGGACUUGGCUGCGUUAGAAAAAGACUAUGAAGAAGUUGGAGUGGACUCAGCUGACCAGGCCGGUGGGGAAGAUGAGGCAGAAGAAUAUUGAUACAGUCAGGAGAAUAUUGAUAGUCAGGAGCUUUAAGAUGUCUAAAUGUUCCAGCACUCAAGAUGCCUAAAUAUGCCACAUUUCAACAUGCCUAAAUAUGCCACAACUCAUGAGGCCUCAUAUUUCACAUUUUAAAAUGCCUAAUUUUGAUGAUGUUAAAAGAAACCCUGUCUCAAGAUUUCUAAAUACAAAUUAGUUUGUAGCUUUUUGGCGUGCUUAUUUGCAAUGUUGCAAAUGAUGAAUAUGAGAAAUUGACAAUGUGUUCAAUUGUAGUCAUUUAAAUUCCUAUUACAGCGGACUACCUCUGGUGAUGGUAUUGCUCAUUGAUC